CAAUAUUAUUUUGUAUAAGACAAUGUUUAUACUUGUUUCUUAAAAGGAUCUAAUUAAAUACUUGUAUGAAAGAAUUUCUUAAGAUAAGCUUUGUGUAUUGCAACUCACAAUCGAUUAAUCGCAGUUCGAUUAAUCGAAGCUCUUGAAAAUCAACCAAUCAAAUUUAAUUUUCAAAUGAUUGAUUCAACCAAUCAAGUAUCAGAAAAUCUAUUCCUGCCGAAAUAUCCCUUUAGAGAAAGUUUUGUUUUAUGGUCGUAUCUUUUUACAAAUUGAUAUUUAUGACAUUAUAAUUAUAUAAUUAAAUCAUUCAACCGUUACCAUACUGAAGUGCUAUGAAAAUAUAUAUAUCUAUGUACUUAGUUUGUAGUAUGUCAAAUAGUAGUUAGGUUAAAUUAGAUAUAUGUACGUGCGUGGCACGUGUUUCGCAGGGAGUAUUGAAAUAUAUAUUUUAUUUACGAAUUGAAUAAAGAAAUACAAAAUGAAGAUUAAAAAUUUAAAGAAAAAUCCUCUAAGUCGUCCCAAAAAGAAGAAAGAAAAUGCAGUGGAAGAGAAUAAUUCAAGUACAUCAACGAGUCAAUCUGCAGAGGUUAUGUUGCCAUCUGAAAGUAAUUUCAAUCAUAUUAAAUGUAAAGCUGUUAGGUACGAAAAAUGUAAACAACUGUUAAAACAAAAAGCAAAAGCUAAAAAGGAAGCAAAAAAGAAUAGAAUACAAGAAGGUGCUCCAAAGCAAGUACCACAUACGAUAGAAAGUUUAAGAGAAAAAGAUGAAACUGCAAUAGUUGGUGAUUUGGAUGAUGAAGAAAAUGAAGAAGUUAAAAUUGAUUUGGAGCAUGAUGAAUUUGCUGCAUAUUAUAGAAAAGAAUAUGAGCCUAAGAUUUUGAUAACGUAUUCUGAUAAUCCAACAAGGAAGACCAGAAUUUUUGGUAGAGAACUUACAAGAAUGAUACCUAAUUCUAUAUCUUUAUAUAGGAAUCGUUCUGGUGUUAAAAAAAUGGUUAAAAGUGCUAUUACUAGAAAUUUUACAGAUCUAAUUAUAAUCAAUGAAGAUCGCUGUGUACCAAAUGGAAUGUUAAUAAUUCAUUUGCCUGAUGGACCAACAGCGUACUUUAAAUUGAGUAAUGUUAAAAUCACACCUGAAUUAAGACGUAAUCAUAAAGAAAUUACAGAGCAUAGACCGGAGGUUAUAUUAACUAAUUUUACAACUCGUUUGGGAUAUACUAUAGGAAGGAUGUUAGGUGCAUUAUUUCAUUAUGAGCCCGAAUUUAAGGGUAGAAGAGUUGUAACUUUUCAUAAUCAAAGAGAUUAUAUAUUUUUUAGACAUCAUAGGUAUGAGUUCAAUUUGAAAACAGGUAAACCAAGAUUAAGAGAGUUAGGUCCACGAUUUACUUUAAAAUUAAAAUCAUUACAACAUGGUACAUUUGAUAGUAAAUAUGGAGAUUAUGAAUGGCUUAUUCAAGGGCGACGACACGAGAUGGAAACCAGCAGAAGAAAAUUUUUCUUAUAGAUUUAUUGGUAUUAUCUUUUUUACUUAUAUAAUUUAACAGUAUAAAAAAAUAUAGAAAAUUACUUUUAGUGAUUUAUAUAAAAAAACAUUGAACUCCAAUAGAUUUUUAAACAAAAAUUUAAUUGUUUAAAAAAUUAAUUAGUUUUAUUGUUUUGUAAUCGUAUGUUCGUUACUCGUAUGUCAUUUUAAUUACUUAUAUUCUAUUUUUGUUCGUUUUAAUACGUAUACAGCAGCAUGUAGUCCUCCUACAUUAACACCUAACAUUUUUGUUACCCUGAAUAAGUUACCAGCUCUUUGUAAUGCCUAUAAAAUAUAAGGAACAUUUAAUUUA